CCCAGCCAGAGAGCGGCCCGAGCCCAGCCCGGCCAGAGAGCGGCGUCGUCAGAAUGAGUCUGCAUUUCAUUGAAAACAAUAUCUUGGAUUGUAAUGGCGCAGGCGAUGAACAAUGUGAUCCAUUUGUGGUGAUGGAGCCUACGGGAAGACAGUCAAUCCUUCGAGUGUCACAGAAAGAAAACUUGCCUCCAAAGAAUGCAAUGAAAUUAUCAAAGGUUUCGUUCCAAACCCCUGUUAGAGACCCUGUUACACGCAAAGUACUCGGAACACAUAUGGAUAACAACUGGGAAGAAAUUGCUGCAUUAGAGGAUACUGCAGAGAUUCAAGGAAAAAUGGGAAAUGAAGCUGAGAAAAAGGGGAAUCAAGAUUUUGGAGUCGCUUCUGAGGCACUAGAUUGCUUUGGGUUGGAACAACCACAGAAACCAGAUCUGCAAUCAUCAGAGGCCAACCAGAGUACAUCUACCAGUCACAUAGGACUUGGCAAUGAAGAGAACGUUUCAUCAUCAGGAUCUUACACGUUUGACUUUGACCUGCUUGACACAAUGAACCCAUUUCAGGGCACUUCGAAAGUCUUCAACUCUCCAUCCAUAGAACUCAAUGAAACAAAAUCUGGAUUUCAGAAGCAAUCAUCUGAGCCUGGCUUUCUGGAUGACACCAUUCCCGUUUCAGAAUUAAGUGAUCAAGUAUUGCCAAAGAAAACUGAGCAAGCCAAUGCUAGUGACAGCAAUGAUGAUCAUCAGUUAGAUGCGACAACAAAUGUGCCUGCCAAGACAGAUGUUCCUGAGACAGAUGUUGAAGGCAAGAACUUUGAGGAUCUCCUUGAGAAUAGUGAUCCCUUUGCAAGUAAGACAAAUGUGCAGAAUUCACCGCUUCCCCCGAAAGCCUCAUACGAGUUUGAUUUUGAUGAUAUUGAUUCCAUUAACCCAUUCAAAACUGGAGGAUCAAAACUGCAGAAUUCACCCUUCUCUGCACCAAACCCGUCAGUUCACAUGACAGAGAAGGUGGAAGGCACUAGUGCUGCCCCUGAGGUACAGGUGAAGUUGGAGUUUGAAUUUAAUGACAACAGUGGAGUUCAGAAGAAGCCUCCCCCUAAAAAACUGGGAGUAAAAGCUGGGCACAAGUCUUUACUUAAAAAGCGAGUUGAAGCCCAGGAGAAAAGUGCAAAGAAACCAUUAGAAACAAAGAAACCUGUCAUGCUUGAUGAGAAAAUUGAUCAGGAUAAUAUUCCACCCCCAAAGAUGGAUUAUGCUGUUGUACAGGACAAUUUUGAUGAUGUUAAUUUUAAUCCUUUUGGUGGAGGUUCCAAAAUUGCUAAUUCUCCAGUGGUUCACUCUGAAACAAAGUUACUUGAAGAUUUGGAAAAUUACAGGUCUAUUAUGAAGGACAAUGUACCAGAGUUACCGCACUGUGAUGCGCUACAAAAUACUGGAGAGCUUCCUGUCAGUGCUCCAAACCAACCUGUGGAAUCGACCACUUGUGAAGUACUCCCAAUAAUGGAGGUGAUAGCAGCUCCUGUAUCGACCUCACAGGAUUCUGUACCAUCAUCUGAUGUAAAUGGCCUGUCUACCAGAGAUGCCACUGAUAAGGAGGAGCAGCUAUUUAAUUCUGACAGUGCAACUACUGAAGUUCAAAUCCGACAGUCAGCAAAGAUUGAAACUGAAGCUGUGCAUAUGCUUAAUGUUGACUUUGCUGCAAGGGACUCAUUUGCUACACUUCAAUCAAUUGGGGAAGAUGAAGAAUUCAAGCCUGCUGAUCAAAUUCCUACAUUUAAUCAACCAAUAGAAAUUGAUUACCUGGAACAAUUUGGUGGUUCUUCGUUUCACACAUCUGCUUUAAGAAAACAGUCUCUGUACCUGAAGUUCGAUCCUCUCCUCCGGGACAGUCCUGUCAAACAGUUACAUAAGUUUGUGGAGAUGAACCCUAGUCUGGUUGAUUCAGCGAUAGCUUGUUCCAGCCUUGUGCAUUGUACAGGCACGGAUUUGGUUGAUGCCAAACUGACUGACAAUGAUAAUCAAUCUGAAGAAAGAUACAAAGAAUUGGACUUAUUCACAAUGACUAACACUUCUACCCUGGUCCCUGAUAUUCCAGCUUCUGUUGAUCCUGUAGCUGCCUUUAUAUCCACCAUGGGUCCUGCCGAGGGUGCUAUUAUUGAAGUUCUAAAAUACAGCCAAAAGGACAUGGAUGCUGCAAUUCAAGUUGUACGCCAAGAGGUCAUUGAUAAAGAACGCGAUAUUGCAGAGUGGAAAAAAAAGCAUGAGGCAAUUCUGGAACCGUAUGCAGACAUGAAAAAGAUUGUUGCUCAGUAUUCAGAAACAAUGUCUCAGUUGAUUGAGGAUUCUGAGAAGAAGAGUGAAUUGGCCACAUCCAAACUGAACAAAGUAGCGGAAGAGAAACUACAAGCCUUAAAGGAACUGAACUCUGUGGAAAAGUCAUAUUUUGAAUUGUUCAGAAGGUUUGAAAAACAAAAAGAAAUACUUGAGGGGUACAAAAAGAAUGAGGAAUCCCUAAAGAAAUGCGCCCAGGAUUAUCUUGCUCGGAUUCAGAAAGAUGAGCAGAGAUAUCAAGCACUGAAAGUUCAUGCUGAAGAGAAAUUGAACCUAGCAAAUGAGGAGAUAGCCCAGGUGCGGAAUAAAUAUAAGGCUGAGGUUGCUGCUCUCCAAGCUCAUCUGCGCAAGGAGCAAAUGAAAGUCACUUCAAUUGAGCGAAGCCUGGAAGAAAAGACUAAAGAAAAUGUGGAGCUGUCAAAAAUCUGCGAUGAGCUAAUCUCCAAGAUGGAGAAGAUCUAAUUUUUUUUUCUUGUAAUUUUAUAGAAAUUCUUUGUACCGUCCUCCUAAUGUCUAUUUUAGUACUUGUGCUAAUGAUGCUAGAGAAAAUAAAGUUUGAUUUCAAUCA